UUUGAUUCCAUCAUGUCAAUCACGAUGUUGAUGUGUAUACGUAAAUGUUUUUCCAGUGUUUCAAUUGUGUGGUGUUUAUUUUUAUUAUCAACAACAACAUAUCUGUGUUCAGCUUAUUAUGCUGAAGGUAUCAAAGGUAUUAAUAAGGGUAAAUCAUAUCAAUCACCAUCUACAUCAUUAUUAUCAACAUCGCCAUCAUCAUCUCCAUCAUCAUCAUCACCAUCAUCGUCAUCAUCAUCAACAUCAUCUUAUGGCGGUAUAACAAUUAAAAAGCCUAGUUCACCAAGCAAUUAUGUACAACAACGAUCUUCAUCACAGAAUCUAAUUAGUACAAGUACGAUGGGUAGUAAAAAAAUGUCACCACUUGAAAUGAUGAUAUUUGGACCAUCCGAUUUUAAAGGUGGUUAUGGUAGUAGUAGCAGUAGUGGCAGUAAUAGUUUUAGUUCAAUGAAUUCUGGUGCUGGUAUUGGCGGUAGUGGAUCCGGUUAUAAAUCACCAAUGAUGACAUUAUCACCAUUUCAUUCAAAAUUAAUGGAUUAUGGUUCUGGUUCAUCAUCAUCAUCAUCAUCAUUAUAUGGAAUGAAAGGAGGUUCAGGAGGAAUAGGUGGUGGUGGUGGAUAUCAACAUCAACAACAACAACAACAAUCACAUGGUCCUAUAACAGCAGCUGUUCAAACAAAACAUUCUGUUCAAUAUAUUGAUGUUCCGAAUAAUUCUCCACCAAUUAUGCCGCAAACAAUUUUAGUUGAAGCAAAUCGUAUACCAUUGAAUAUUUUCUUUCAAUCACGAUCAUCAAAUUUGAAUGUUGAAACUGAACAUACACCAUCACCUGGUAGUACACAGGAAACAUCAUCCGAAGAUGAGCCACAUCAUCUUAUACAUCGUGUUGUUAAACCAAUUAUUCAAGAAGUUUAUGAAAUUAUUAAACCAUAUCGAAAAAUUACCCAAGAAAUCAAACCAGUUGAAGAGAAUAUUCAAACAAUUAUUUCACGUCAAAUUCCUUCGGAUAAUAAAUAUGUUCCUGUUAAUGGUGGUGGUCAAUACAAAGGUGGUAGUCAAUCAACUUCGCCAAUAACAAUUCGACCUGGAUCAUCAUUUCAACAACAAGCUGAAAUGUAUCAGGAUUCAGGUUCAUCAUUUGGCGAUGGAAGUGGUGGAUAUCAAUCAAGUCAUCUAAAACCAAAUACCAUAUCAUAUGUUCAACAACGUGAACCAACUAAUAACGAUGCUGAUAUGUUUUUGAAUGCAAUUCGUCAUGAAGUUAGUCGAAUCAAAAGUCAAAGUAAAACGAAUGAUUAUAAAACACAAUCAACUGGUACGACAAAUUCAUACAUUGUACCACCGAUUUCAUUAAAUUCCAUUUUCGAUACAUCGAAUGAAGAAACGUCAAAGAAAACAAUAUCACAAAAUUCGGAAUAUUCUCCCGAAGCUAUACAAGCAGCUACCUAUACAUUGAAUCCAUAUCAUAUUUCGACAACACGACAAGCAUCAUCUGAAUCUGAACUUGAAAAUGAACAUGAUGAUGAACAACAAAUAAAUUCAUCCGAAAAUAAUGAACCCAAAAUUCGUUCAUAUCGUUAUCAACCAUCAACAAAUGAUAAUAGUGAACAAACAAUAACAACAACAACUGGAAGUAAUACAGGUAGAAAACUAUCGGAUACAUCUGCCUAUGUAACGACAUUAUUACCAAUAUCAUCAACAUCGACUACAUCAGAAAAUUCUCCAAAAUCAAGUACGACAACUACUACAUCAUCAAUAUCAUCACCAUCAUCAGAAUCUGAUAAUAAUGAUGACGAUGAUAGAUCGACAUCAUCGAAUAUAAAUAGUGAUAAUUUAAUGAUGACAUCUCAUUCAUCACCAUCAUCAUCAACUAUGGAAAAUAAUGUCAAUGAUAAUAAUAAUAAUAUCGAUGAAAAUAAUAAUAAUAAUAAUAAUGAAAACGAUGAUUCAAUAAAAGAAACAAUCAAUAGUGAUGGUAGUGAACAAUCACCAAAUACAAUACAAUCAUUAAUGAUGUAUGGUAAUGAUGGAUCAUUAUUUGUUUCACAACCAUCAUUAACUGAUUCAUUAUUGGCACAAUUCGAAGAGAAUAGUAGACUUUCCAAUCUAAAACGUAUGGGUUAUGUAUCCAGUAUUGCACAUACAAAUCAUUAUGUUACAAUCAAUGAUGAUGAUGAUGAUAUGAAUUAUGGUCGACGACGACAUAAACGUGCUCAUCAAUAAUUGAAUAUUUAUGAUGAGGUGAAUUUCUGUGUUUAUUUUAUUUUAUUUUAUUGAUUCUGUUUUUUUUUCAAUCUGUCCAAUUUUUUUUCUUGAUUUUUUUCAUAUCAUUUAUAUGGAUCAAGUUCCUGGAACCAAUACAUUCACACACACUUUUUUUCUUGUAUUUUAUUUUGAUUAAUUUUUGCUCUCUUGUUACACACACACAGAUUCUCAUCAUCCUUAUUCAAUCAAAAAGUAAUUUUGUCAUUUACACUCACACACACACCUAUAAUCUCACAAAUUAUCAUAUUGUUUUUAAUUCCGGGGAAAACAUCCAAAAAAAUCACAUGCAUCAAA